AUGUUUUCGUUCAUAAGUUUAUUUCGACGAGCAAAAUCGCCAAAGCGUAUUCUUCUCUUAGCCUCAUUGCGUCCAGGCAGUGGCAAUGCGGCGACGGCAGAGCGUCUCACCCAUGAACUACAAUUAACAGGAAAAUUUACUGUUGAUUGCAUAUCUGUCGAUACUCCUCAGACUGAAUCGCAUUCACUUGUCGCAUCAAUGGAUGAAUAUACAGCAAUUCUCGCCUUGCAUGUCUAUCGAGCAGGCCAUGUUCUAACAUCGAUUUACAAAAAUGAACGAAUUUAUCAUCCACCACUGAUUCUCAUAUUUGCUGGUACAGAUUUACAUUCGUGUGAAUCGAAAUGGAUACCAACGAUAGAAUUCAUUCUUCCGUAUGCAGACGGAGUAGUUUGUUUCAGCAAUGAAUGGAAAGCUUAUGUUGAGUUGACUUAUCACAACUACUUAUCGUGUAAGAUAACCGUCAUUCAGCAGAGCGUAUAUUUAACGUCAUUCCAUUUCGAACAAUUGCCUUUAAUAAUCAACAAAAAGCCAAUUCUAUGGAUUGGAGAAAUUCGCUCGGUGAAAGAUCCAUUAUUUGCACUAAAGGUUCUGCCGUACUUAAAUGCAAAUGAAUACCAUCUACUCCUCGUUGGCGACGAGAAUGAUUCCACUUUAACUGAACAGAUUCGUUCAGGUUCAUCGAAUUUGACCUUACUCGGCCGGCAAUCUCAAAGUCUUGUCCAUACAUUGUUGCGAACAUCAUUUAUAUAUAUAAAUACAUCGGUGAACGAAGGAAUGUGUUUAGCAAUACUCGAGGCAAUGACAUUAGGCAUACCUGUGCUCGCUCGUCGAAAUAUUGGAAAUCUGAGUGUUGUCAAACAUGAAAAAACAGGAUUGUUGUUUGAUACACCCGAAGAAGCAGCUCAAUACGUGUCGAAAUUAGAGCAAAACAUCAGGUUAAGACAAUCAUUAGUCGAACAAGCCGAAAAAUAUGUAAAGAAGUAUCAUGAUAUCACUGAUGAAACAAAAUCCUAUCGAAAAUUACUUCAGGAUUUAAUCAGAUAA